AUGCAUAGUAAGCCUCCAUGGCUCAGAGCAAAAGCUCCAACUGGUAAAGUAUUCAAUGAAACCUUAAACACCGUUAAACUGCAUAACUUACAUACGGUAUGUGAAGAAGCUGCCUGUCCAAAUAUUGGUGAAUGUUGGAAUAAACGUCAUGCUACUGUGAUGAUUCUUGGUUCUGUUUGUACUCGUGCUUGUGCAUUUUGCAACGUUGCAACUGGCAUUCCUGAUAAACUAGAUCCUCAUGAGCCAGAAAAUUUAGCAAAAGCGAUAAAAAAGUUAAACUUAAAACAUGUUGUCAUUACCUCUGUUGAUCGUGAUGAUUUACCAGAUGGUGGUGCAAAUCAGUUUAUACAGUGCAUAGAAGAAAUUAGAAAGAUAACUUCAGAAACAACAAUAGAGAUUUUAACUCCUGAUUUUUUAAAUAAGAAAGGAGCAUUUGAAGCAAUUGCUGUUGCAUCACCUGAUGUCUACAACCACAAUAUUGAAACAGUGCCGAGAUUGUAUGCAAAAAUAAGACCACGAACUCGCUAUUUUCAUUCACUAUAUUUGUUGAAGAUGGUAAAGCAGAUUAAUCCUAAAGUUUUCACAAAGUCAGGGCUUAUGGUUGGUCUUGGAGAAACAAAAGAGGAAAUACUUCAGAUUAUGGACGAUUUGCGCAGUGCUGAGGUUGAUUUUAUUACAAUUGGUCAAUAUCUACAACCAACUCCAAAACAUGCAAAACUUGAUAGGUAUGUUACCCCAGAGGAAUUUGAGCAUUAUAAAUACGUUGCUUACUCCAAAGGUUUCUUAGUGGUUGCAUCAAGCCCACUGACUAGGUCGUCAUACCAUGCUGAAGAAGAUUUUAACAGGCUCAAGGCCUGUCGUUAUGUUAAUUCAAAUUAA